AAGAGCCGGGUUUACUAAAAGCAGAUGCCAAGGGGUGGAAAAUAGGUUAAUAUACUCAAUUAACGAAUAAAAUGCUGUCAAAUAAGAGAUGAUAAUCUUGGAGCUAUUCUGAUUCAAUUUUAUUGCAACUUAACCACAAUUUUAAAGUUGAAUAUGGUAUGAUACAAAAGAUAUGCCAGAUCUACGAAAACUGGUGAGUUGCUUGGAGCAGCACAAUGGUAUGCAACUUACUGACGCUGUUCCUUGUUUAGUGGAAGUUUUGAAUAUGAACAGUGCAGUCCUGAAGUCUGUAAACAUUAACUCACUUAUUCAGAUUGGAUAUUAUGUUCUGGAAGGGGCCAGUGUUCACCACAAAGAGACUAAUGAAUAUAUUUCAAGAUUGGUCGCCACAUUAUUGAAUUCAGCAGUUGACGAAAACAACGAACUGAAAGUAAUGCAAGAAAAAUUUCUCCUUUCAGUCUGGUGCAGAACAGAUACAAUUUCAUUGCCACUUCAUCUACAGGAAAGAUUAACCAACGAAUGGAAACUCUAUCUCCAGCGACUACUACUAGAUCUGAUAGUCAGGUGCCAUUCUGUUUGUGAUACCCAGUAUCAGCAAAAUUUUGCCAAGAUCUUUGCUUCUCCAGACAUGAUCUACUUUCUCAACAUUUGUCGUAGAUCACCAUUAAUAUUUCAAGCUACAGUGAUGACAUUUACUACCUUCCUGAUACAUAAAAAAGGCUGUGCUAUCAUAGGAUCCCUUAUGAAAGAAUUUAUAAAACUAGUGGAAUACUAUUCAAAGGAGAAACUAAGUUCCUUGUUCCCACCAAGGUACAAAGUACUGGUUUCCUGCUUGCAGGUAAAUCCAGAUUUAAACACCAGUGGCAGUGAAUGUGACAUAAAAGUUGGUGAAACGCACAGUAAUCAUGAUUCUGACGCUCUGGAUUUGUCCAAGGUGAUGGAGCUUUUGGUUAAAACUUUCAGGGAAAACAAAUAUAGCGGUAUGGCCUUACUGGGCUGCUUUCCAGUUUGGGUGCCUUAUUUGGUUAAAUACUAUUUUCAGAAAUAUAACAAGAACUUCUUCACUGAUUUUUACUUCUGAAAACAUUUUUUUAAGAUUUCUAGUAGAAACUUCAAAGUUGUGCCAUACCUCAGACAAUUACAAAUGCCUGUCCUCCAUGAUCUUAUGACGUGUAGUCUGGUAGAUCAUCAACAUUUCAGAGGGCAGAAGACAAUCUCCAUAGUUGCCACUGUGAGGCACUCAGAUCUUACAUUUAUAUUCUGAUUUCUCACCAUGGAGGCUUAGGUUUCAUUCGAGGGCAGUAUGUGUGAGCUCCAUGGUGGAUACAGCAGCACUGGACUGGGUUGUAUCUGCAUCUGCGCACUGUUGGUAAACCCGAAUAAUAAGUAUCAGUUUUAGACUUAUUUCUCCAUGACAGAGGUUUGGUAGCAGGAACAGAUUACUAUACCCACACAUAAUAAAGGGAUCAAUGAAAGUUGAGCUCAUAUCUGAUGUGUUUAAGAGGAUAGAGUACAAGAAUUAUGAUCUAUGAUGGCAGCAACAGUGUUAGCUCCCACAGAUCUGAAAAUUAAGAAGGACAUGAAGGAAGAACUGCUAAAUAACAAUACUGUAAGAAGAACAGAGCAAGAUUGAAGUCAGCUGCUAGUAAUGACAAGAAAGACAGUGGUGUUUACCCUGGUGAAUUAAUUUUGCUCUUAACAGGGUGCGGUUAUUGCAGAAACAACGCAAAGAAUAUGGGACCUAGUCUUAAGGUUGUCCAAUGUCAUAUCACAGUGUACUCAUAUAUAUUAGCUCCUAAAAUUUGUUUAUACAGUAAGCCCCCAACUUCCAUGGGUAAUUCAGUUGGAAGGAUUCUGUGAAAUUUCAAAACUAUGAAGUUCAGUAGUGCUCAAAUAUGGUAUAUGUUUUAACAUAUAUAUGUUCAUUUAAAAGUAAAAAAGUAUGUACAAUAAAAGUAUGAUAAUAUAUUAAAAUGUCUAAACCUGUACAUCUGGUAGUACUGACCAUAGAAGUCAAAAUAUCUAAAAAUAUAAAAGUAGUUAUGUCUGUAUAUCAGUGGAUUCGUGUAAGUUUCGGACGCACUACUUUUAUACUAUAAACUCUUUCUGUUAUGAUUUUCACAUCUAAAAAAUCUAAUGAAAAAUAUUCUCCAAGAGAACUGUAACUGAUAACAGUGAUGCUUUACUUUAUGUUUUGUAAUAUUCAGUCAAUUGUGUCACAUAAUAAGAAUGAUAUUGCAGAAAUUAUUUUAUGUAAGGAUAAACGAAUAAAGUCAAAAGCUCAUGAUUCAUGCAAUAUA